AAUUGCGCCUCUGCCGGCGCAGGGCGCCUCUGACCCGCGCGCCCCUGACCCGUGCGCCCUCUGUUGCUUCACUGCGCGCACUUGUGAAAUAGGAGCGCGGCGAUUCCCUGUACCUGGUUCGCGCUCCUGCCAGGUCUCGGAGUGAGUCCCCCGCAUCCUGCCCGGGUCAGAGCAGCCGCAGGACGCGCCGAGGGCCUGGUGGCUGCAGAGGCCGUGGGAACCCGGCGCGCCCACGCUGUCCGCCCCGGGACCCGGCAGCUCCUGCUGUUUCCGAACGGAGACCCGGAGCUCGAGAAGGCGGGUGUCCAGUUUCUCCUGACCUUGAGGACCCGGAAAGGUUACAUGCGCCAUGGCUGUGCCUACUGUCAGAUUACCUACCAGUGUUUUAAGAAAGCCAGAUGCCUGGAUUGGACUCUGGGGAGCUCUGCGGGGGACACCGUCUUCACGCAAACUCUGUGCUUCCCGGAAUCGAUGCUUAUAUUUUUCCAGUACUAAGUUGAAUGCAUGGAAGUAUAAAACACUUUUCCAUAACAUUUUCUCACUAAGACUCCCAGGCCUUUUAACAGAAUAUAUUUUUCCAUUUUCCAUAAGACUCAAAAGUAAUAUAAGUUCCAAAAAAUCUACCAAGAAGACUCUGCAAAAAUUAGAAGAGGAGGACUCUGAUGAAGAGAGUGAAGGUGAGAUGAGUGAGCAGGGCGAGGAACUGGAGGAUGACCCCAGCGUGGCCAAGGACUAUAAGGACCUGGCAAAGGUGGUGCAGUCUUUCCGGUAUGACGUGAUUCUGAAGACAGGCUUGGACAUUGGGAGAAACAAAGUGGAAGAUGCCUUCUACAAAGGUGAACUCCGGCUAAAUGGAGAAAAAUUAUGGAAGAAAAGCAGAACGGUGAAAGUGGGAGAUGCAUUGGAUCUUCUUAUUGGAGAGAAUAAAGAAGCUCAAACAGAGACAGUGAUGCGAAUUCUUUUGAAAAAAGUGUUUGAAGAGAAGACUGACAGUGAAAAAUACAGAGUGGUGUUGCGACGGUGGAAAAACUUAAAAUUGCCUAAGAAGAGUGUGUCUAAAUGAGUGGAUUACUUUCUAGAGAUACAGCUGCUUUCUGGUGGCAAAGAGGACAUUUUUAUUAAAAUAAAUUUCUCUUAAUUU